AUGGCUGACAGAGGGAUCGACCGCAAAGCCGAUGAGAAGAUUCAAUUCUCCACCUCGAAGGAGGUGACGGUCCACCCGACCUUCGAAUCGAUGUCAUUGAAGGAGAGCCUCCUUCGUGGUGUCUACGCUUAUGGAUACGAGUCGCCGUCCGCCGUUCAGUCUCGCGCCAUCGUCCAGAUCUGCAAAGGUCGCGACACCAUCGCCCAGGCCCAGUCCGGUACGGGUAAAACCGCCACCUUUUCCAUCAGCAUGCUCCAGGUUAUCGACACGGCGGUGCGGGAAACACAAGCUUUGGUUCUCUCCCCAACCCGCGAACUUGCGACACAGAUCCAAAGUGUUGUGAUGGCGCUCGGCGACUACAUGAAUGUGCAAUGCCACGCUUGCAUUGGCGGAACAAAUGUAGGCGAGGACAUUCGUAAACUCGAUUACGGGCAGCACAUUGUCUCCGGAACACCAGGACGUGUCGCGGACAUGAUUCGCCGGCGCCACCUGCGCACUCGUCACAUCAAAAUGCUCGUGCUCGAUGAGGCCGACGAGCUACUCAACCAGGGCUUCCGGGAACAAAUCUACGACGUCUACCGUUACCUACCGCCCGCGACACAGGUGGUUGUGGUGUCCGCUACCCUCCCUUACGAUGUUCUCGACAUGACCACCAAAUUCAUGACCGACCCCGUCCGCAUCCUCGUCAAGCGUGACGAGUUGACGCUCGAAGGGCUCAAGCAGUAUUUCAUCGCCGUCGAAAAGGAGGACUGGAAGUUCGACACGCUGUGCGAUCUUUAUGAUACCCUCACCAUCACCCAAGCCGUUAUCUUCUGCAACACCCGGCGGAAGGUCGACUGGUUGACCGACAAGAUGCGAGAAGCCAACUUCACGGUCAGCAGCAUGCAUGGAGACAUGCCACAAAAGGAACGCGACAGUAUUAUGCAGGAUUUCAGGCAGGGAAACAGCCGAGUGUUGAUAUCGACAGAUGUCUGGGCUCGUGGUAUUGACGUUCAGCAAGUCAGCUUGGUCAUCAACUACGACCUGCCAAGCAACCGUGAGAACUACAUCCACCGCAUCGGUCGCUCGGGCCGUUUUGGGCGCAAGGGCGUUGCCAUCAACUUCGUUACUAGCGAGGAUGUGCGCAUCCUGCGUGAUAUUGAGUUGUACUACUCUACACAGAUUGACGAGAUGCCAAUGAACGUCGCCGACCUGAUCUCAUAA